AUGCCGCCACGCAGGACCAUCAUCAGCUCACCCGAGGUGAACUCGGAGGACGAAUCGAUCUUAAAGGCGAAACCUGUCAAGAAAACACCAGUGAUGAGAACAACACGGGCUGAGGCGACUAGAAUCGCUACCGGGAGCAAACCAGGAACGCGGCCUGUAGUGCAACGGAAAUCCGCUGCUGCCCCUGUUCCUGUAGCGUCCAAGCCAAAGUCAACACCAGCCGUGAAGUCACGGACGAAGCCUGCUGCCAAGUCGUCGGCGAAACCUAAAGCCACCGGCGUAGAGCGUUCACCUGCCGCUAGCGCGACCCCCGCAUCUCACACCAAAGCACCCAAAUCAGCAUCAAAACGCGCACCUCCCAAACAAAGCCCCACAAAAACAGGACGAAUGGAUAUGCUGGACAGCGAUGCGAAGCGGGAUCAGGAAAGCGAACAGUCAUAUAGCACUCUGUCUCAACUGGAGACGGAGAUCGAAGGCGACUGGAGAAAGCCUGACAGGAAGCGGCCUUCGGAUGAGUGUUGGCUGUUUCCAAGUCUGCUGAAACGGGCCAAAGCGAAUGGCAAUCAGUCAACUGUCAAAGACAAUAUCUUUGCGGACGAACCAACAAUCGAGCACGUGCUUCGUGCCCAUUCCAGGAACACCCAUGAAGGUCAGGAUGAGGACGAGGUGGAUACAUGGGCUGUGGCGUUUCAACCUACAUUACCCGUUCUUCGUCAGACGCCAGGCGGAGCAGAGGAUCAAGAUGAAGACUCUGGAUCAGACAAUGAGGAAGAGGGCGACGACGUGGAUGUUGAUGAGGUCAGGAUACGGAGGAGAAACAAGCGUCUAGCAAAGGAGAUGUCACAACAAGCACCACGGAGUAGCAGUAUUGUGGCGACUUGCGGAGGAAACACUGUUUGCUUGAUCGACUGUCGGCUUGGAAAGGUGAUGGCGAAGUAUAGCCAUGUGGAAGAGGAAGAGUUUAUGGCUCUUGCCUGGACGACUCUGGAUCACGAUCAGGACACGGAAGGAGAUGAUGCCACGUCGAAAGAAGGACGUCUCGAGCAGACCAACAUCUUGGCAGCAGCAGGGCGACUUGGGAGCAUCAAGCUCAUCAACCCUCUUCAAAACACCUGUUACAAGUACCUUCACGGCCAUACGGACUCUAUUGUUCGGCUCAGGUGCCUUGCCGAGUUUACACAUCAGGGCGACUCUGUUACGGCCAUUGGUGUCAGUGAAAAGUAUCUGAUUGUAGGUACGGAUCAGGGCGCCAUGGCGCAGUACAAUCUCUUCGAUCUGAAUUCCAAGUUGGAGACUGAGCAGGGCAAGACCGUACGCAAAGUCCUUCCGGAGCGCAUAUACCCCGUGUCGCAAGAGUGGCACGAGUCUUCGGUCGACGAUAUCAUCUACAUUCCCAACUUUUCGGAAAAGUCGUAUGCGGCCUUGCAGGCAGAAGGGAAAGCUGGCUCGAAGGCAGGCAAGAAGUCGAGCAAGGAAAGUGUGGGAACGCGAGGCAGGGGUCGCGGACGUGGCGGACGUGGCGGGCGUGGUGGUCGUGGUCGUGGAGGUGGACGAGGAGGAUCAAGCGCCAAUAGAGGCGGCUCGAACGAUUCUGAUGCUGAUGCUGAUUCAGAUGUAGAGAACGACGAUAGUGACGAAGAAGAUGUAGGCGAGUUUGUAUUUGCAUCGAGGGAGAGUUGUCAGGGAGAGUUUAUUGUGUGGGAUGCAGCCAAGAGCACAGCAACAGAUGCGGCCCUCAAGACGAUUCUAGAGUGGUCGAUUGGCGAGAGCUGGGCCAAGUUUACGGUGGUGGAGAACAAAGUGACGAACAUGAGCCUACGGAGGUCUUUGUCGUCAACGAUAUCGUCAAGUAAGCCAAUGGGGAGCAAACAGAAGGUUGAGAAAAUGGAUUGGCUUGAGAAGCGACAGUCGAUGCUGGUCGCAGGGAUGGCCAAUGGCGCGCUUGCCAUCUAUGACUUGGGUCGUACUCCAAAGAGGGCAUCGGAUGGCAACAUCAUUGCCUGCAAGCCAGAUCGGAUCAUCUCGAAUGGGGUUUCGAACGAGCUUUUGAGGGAUGUUGCAGUGUCGGAGGAUCUGAGCAUGAUGGUCGGUAGCGACUGGAGCAACAAGGUGCUUCUGUGGAGUUGCGGUAGUGAAAGAACUUCAGCUGCUGCAGCUGCAGGUACUCCUGGUCGUAUUACUGGCGAUAGACACCGAUGA